AUGCUGCCCAAGGACUUGCCCGACUGUCGCGUCCUAACAUUCAGCUAUCCGGCAUCUGUGGCCGCCGUGUUCGGCAGAACCUCUUCUGACACAAUACUUCAGCAUGCGACUACUUUGGUCCAAGAGCUAGCCGCCGAUCGCCAGAUAGAAAGAGCGACAGAAAGGCCGAUUAUCUUCUUGUGUCAUUCCCUAGGGGGGAUCAUAGUCAAGAGAGCACUGAUCUACUCAGAAAGUCGGAAGGCAAAGAAGUCGGAACAUAUUCAUUCUAUAUUCGUCUCAACCUACGGAAUCAUGUUUUUCGGCACUCCACAUCACGGCAGCAGCAAGGCAAUUCUGGCAAACUACGUUCAACGUAUGGUUGAUGUCUUGCCAUCCAAGGUGGUCGACACGGACUCGCAGCUGUUAGAAGCCCUCCGAGAGGGAUCAGAAAUUCUGCAAGAUAUCACCGACAACUUCCAGCCUAAGAUGAAAAGCUUCCAUGUAUUCUUUUUCUGGGAACAAGAAAAGUCCAACUUAGGGGUAAAAUGGGAUUAUAUCGUGGCGCAAACGUCCGCAGCUCCUAUAUUAGAUGACACCGACCGCGCAGGAAUCAAAGCAGAUCAUCGGAGGAUGUGCAAAUUUGCGACACGGACGUCACCGGGCUAUAGGCUCGUGGUUGCCACCUUGAUGCGUUACUCAGAAGAGGCGCCUAACAAAAUUGGGCGCCGAUGGGUUGAGAACAAAGAGCUUGUCCGGUCGAUGCGAAAGAAUGAAGCUAAGGAGAUCUAUGAUGAGAGUGAUUGA